AUGAAUAUUUUGCCGCAUUUUGGACAUGAUGGUAUUGACAUAAGCCCUAUCUCCUUCUCGUUAUUCUACACCCUCUCGCCAUUCCAGAAACUCUUCUUGUUCAAGUUCUCGCCAUUCUACACCUUCUUCUCAAUCAUUGCGCUCAUUAUAUUCCAACUUGAAUCAUUUUCCAAGUCAUCACUACUCCAAUACAGCACUAGCACACUGCUGCACCUGUCCUCACAAUCAACAACCUCCGAAUCAUUACCAUCUCGAUCGGCAUGCUUAAUAAAAGAGGAGGACGGCUUUACAGGAGGAGUGCAGCUUGAGUUUGAUUGUGCCUCAUUCUACCAAGCCGACGAAGAGGACGACCACUCUGACCUGGCCCUCGAGGCAGCUAAAUCAAGAUGCAAAGUGUGCCAGGCUCAAAAUGCCCUGGCGGAUUGCACCCUAGAGCAUCAUAUGGUACUUGUGGACCUCUACCGCCAUCGUGUUGAAGCUGCAAAUAUGUGUCUAUUAACGGCCGACCUCAACGUAGGGCGUAUGCAUAUAGAGAGGAAAAAAAGUGGUAUUUCAACAUUUGUGGGUUCAAGUCCUCAAUGUGGUACAGCCUGA